UGCAUACUAUCAAAAUUGUCCCUUGUAUCUCCACAGUAAAACCUUGUCUGCAUACAGUGUUCCUAAUGUGGAUGCACUUAUAUUGGUGUAAAUGUGCUUAUAACAACAUCAUUUAUUCCUGGGAAGUAGAAUAAGCUAAACCAGUAGAAGCAAAUUUACACCAAUAUAACUGCAUUCAAAGUAGAGGUUAUACUGGUAUAACUAUUGCAGUAAAAAAAAUCACCCCCUAAAAAUUAUACCCAUACAAAAUCUGUAAGAAUUUUAUGCCCCUUUUUUUCUUGUUAAUUUUGACAGCCUUAUCAUGUAUUGGAUUGAGAGUUUUCUUAACUUUUCCCCAGUUGUUUCCUGCUUUAUGAGUGGCAAAAGCAACUAUAAAAGGUUAAUUUAUUCUACCAUAUUGUGCAAAUUACAGUCUGGUUUAGUAUCCUUAAUUUGAGAAUUUUAUUCAAAACAGACUCCACAGCUGUAUAAUGUUUGGACAUUAUUAAUCCACACCAAUUUUGAAAUGAUUAUCUGUGGUCAUCAUAAGAAUUUUCCUUGUAGGGACCUGAGGUGCCUACAAUUAAAUAUUUGCAGCAUUGGGGACUGAGCAUUCUCUUUUUGUAUAUUGAAAGCAAUUAGUUUGUUGUCUGUAAACAUCUCUUACCCUCAUUAAUAGCAUAGGUACGUUUAGAAAUCAAGUUCCUCCUUUGUUGUCCCAACAGGUAAUAGCGCCUCAUAGUCCACUGAAGUUCUGCUGCAAACUUCCCUUGCCGCAGAAACAAACAUACUCUUGAAACAUAAGCCAGUUUCCAGACAGUUAUAGUAAACAGCUGUUUUAAGCUGUUAGAAGCCCGGCUUCUUUAUGAUGAGUUUUUGGGGCCUCCGGCCUGGCUGACCUUAUUCUCUGCUGCUCUACAUUCUUCACACAUCUAGUAGGAGUAGGGUGGAAUAGGCAAUAAGGAAGCACAGUCAAAAUAUGCGGAUAAAGCGGAAAUGUAAACAAAGGGAAGUGCUCUUAGUUCUCACUGACUUCAGAGGGGCCGGAGGUGUUCAGCGCCUGGCAGGAGUGGGGCCAAGAUCUAGGCACUUUUCCUCAUUUCCCCCACCCUCCAAACUUCUCUGCGGACCGGCCUGAACGUGCUCGCUUCCCCACACUGAGGGAGAGUCGGGCCGGGUCUAUCGGCUCUCCGAGCUGCUCCUCACAGCUACGUUGCUCUCUAGAAGCCGCAGUCGGGAGGGGGCCCCGCUCACUCUGCAGUUGCCAGGCAGCCAGUGGCAUUUCAGCGCUGGCUGCAGCCUGCGCCGCUAGCUCAGAGCCCGGCUGCUGCGCCCUGACUCGCCCCAGCCACGUGUUACCGGCUCCAGCUCCCUCCCUGCAGUGUGCCCGGCCUAGGGAGCCUGUUCCGCCGGGGCCUCGCUGUCUGCGGAGCCCAGCCAAUUCCCCAUCGUCUCGGCCGCUCUUCUCCUGGGAGGCGCCGCGGCUGCCUGUUGCCCAUGGACGGGGACAGGGUGGAGAUAGAUGGCGGGGUCAUGGAGGGGGGUGGCCAGAUCUUGCGAGUCUCCACAGCCUUGAGCUGCCUGCUGGGGCUUCCCCUGCGAGUGCGGAGGAUCCGAGCUGGGAGGAGCCAGCCUGGCCUCAGGCCUCAACAUCUGUCUGGGCUAGAAAUGAUUCGAGAUUUAUGUGAUGGGCAGCUGGAUGGUGGAGAAAUUGGUUCAACAGAAAUAACCUUCACUCCUGGGAAGAUCAAAGGUGGAACCCACAUAGCGGAUACCAAAACAGCAGGGAGCGUGUGCCUCCUGUUGCAGGUAGCAAUGCCGUGUGUGCUGUUUGCUGCUUCCCCUUCAGAACUUCGUUUAAAAGGUGGGACUAAUGCUGAGAUGGCUCCACAGAUAGACUACACAGUGUUGGUCUUUAAACCAAUAAUUGAAAAGUUCAAUUUCACCUUUGACUGUGACAUAAAAAGGAGGGGCUACUACCCCCAAGGUGGUGGUGAAGUGAUAAUCCGAAUGUCACCAGUCAAACAGUUAAGCCCUAUAAACUUAACUGAACGUGGCACUGUGACAAAGAUACAUGGAAGAGCAUUUGUUGCUGGAGCCUUGCCCAUUAAACUAGCAAAAGACAUGGCAUCAGCAGCAGUGAGAUGCAUCAGAAAAGAAAUCGGGGAUCUUUACGUUAAUAUUCAGCCUGUUCGAGAACCUGAUAAUCAAGCCUUUGGAACUGGAAGUGGAAUAAUUAUUGUUGCAGAAACUUCAACAGGUUGUCUGUUUGCUGGAUCAUCACUUGGUAAAAGAGGUGAGAAUUGUGUAAGGAAUUCUGACAGGGUUGGAAUUGAAGCUGCAGAGAUGCUGCUUGGAAAUCUUAGGCAUGGGGGAGCAGUGGAUGACUAUCUGCAAGACCAGCUGAUCAUUUUCAUGGCAUUAGCGAAUGGGGUAUCUAGAGUGAAGAGUGGACCAAUCACGCUUCAUACUCAAACAGCCAUACAUUUUGCAGAACAGCUAACAAAGGCUACAUUUACUGUGACAAAAUCAGAAGAUGAAGAUUCCACUAAAGAUACCUACUUUAUUGAGUGCCAAGGAAUGGGGAUGAUAAACUCAAGCUUGUAGUCUUUCUUGAAAGAAAAAACACCUCUGAUGUAUUGCACUACAUUUCAGUUGACAUGCUACACAGUGGGGAACAGGAGUUACUUUAUCAUAAAGAAUUGGUUUGAUUUGAAUUCAGAGAUGAUGUAGUGAUUUCGUGGUAUGCUGAGAAUACUUCCUGUCCUUCCUUUGGCUGUUAACAGCAAAAUGAAAUAGCAAAUGGAAUAAAAUGCAAGUGUUCAGGAGAGCUGAAAUUAGAAUUGAGAAGCUUUAAGGAUAUGAGUGCACGAGAGUUAAUAACUACCAUUACAACUUUUAAAAGUUACUUAAAUGACACAACUAUUCCCCUUAAAGCAUGUAGGUUUAUCAUGUGGGAUCCUUUACAUAUUUAUGUUCCAAAUAAUUCAUUUCUGUUUAUCUAUCAACUUUUGUCUCGAAAGUAUUCUGUUUCUGUAGUCAUUUUGCUGAAAUGGAUAUGGAAAAAAUAAAGCAAUUUUCAGUGUA